AUGCUGGUUGCUUUGCUUACCACUAUAGUUCUGCAGUGGCUGCGUUUGACAUAUGGUGUUGUACAAAAUUUCUUCAAGGAGGAACCCAGAAAUCAGAGUGUGUUACUUGGUGAAGAUGCACUUCUGAAAUGCUCUGCUCAUGAGUCGCCAUUAGUCAGCCAGUGGCGAAAUAAUGAUGGCAGUCUUUUGGGUUUUCACGGUGCAGGGAAAUUGUCUGGACAUGAAGGUCGAUUCAGCUACGUGAUCCACAGUCCAGAUGAGAAACAUUUGAAAAUUGAAAACGUGACAUUGAGGGAUGAUGGCUUGUUUGAAUGUCAAAUGAUACAUCCCAGCCUGGGUGCUUAUCGAACAUCUGCCUUUGUCAAUGUCUUAGUGUCUCCGGAAAAAGUUGCUAUUAUGGAUAUCGAUCCUGAUUCCGUUAUUAAUGUUGUCGAAGGAAAUGAUUAUAAUCUGAGUUGCAUGGCGGCCAACGGAAAGCCUCAUGCAGUUAUAAAUUGGUACAUUCACGGGAAGAAGAUUGAGGAUGGUGUUAUACGAUGGACUGAAAUGAAUGCAAAUCGUACGGUCACCGCUUUCGCAAUUUUGUCCUGGAAGCCCCGGAAAAGUGACAUUGGAGCAGUUCUCACUUGUGAAGCUCUGCAUCCAUCAACUUCUAGUCAGUUCAGAGUGAAUAUCACACCUAAUGUUCUAUAUCCUUCAGAAGUACCAAAGAUAGAUGUUUUGAGUCAACCUAGUCUUCUAAAACCUGGUGAUAACAUCACUAUGAAGUGUUCAGUGGUCGGAGGCAAUCCACCACCCAGACUUCUUUGGUUUCUUCAUCGGAACCUUAUUGGUAGCAAUUAUACGUAUAACGAGUUAACGAAAGAAACUGUUAAUAUUUAUUCAAUGGUAGUUGAUGCAGAUGACAAUGGUGCUGUAUAUGAAUGUCAGUCAACAAAUUUAGCCGAUGAUGUACCUCUUUCUGAGGGUAUUCGUCUUUCCGUUUUAUUUGCUCCUCGUAGCAUUGAAAUAUCAGGAGAAACAACUGUACGAACUGGACAUAUAGUUGCACUACAAUGUAGAACGGGAUUAUCGAAUCCAGCAGCCAAAAUUUCUUGGCUAAUUAAUGGACAAGCAGUACAGUCAGUAAUUCAUUCAUAUCUGGAACAGACUACUGGUACUGUUACUGUUUCAAAUCUAACCAUCAGUUCAACUGAUGUAAAUGUUGUUAAACAUCAAAUUAAUGUUCAAUGUAUUGCUGUGAAUGAUCAAGGAACAACAAGCAAACAAUUGGUUAUUCACAUCCUUUCACCGCCCAUGAAACCGGUCAUUUAUGGAUCUGAAGGAAUGAUACUUCUGGAAGGUGAAACUCUGAAUCUUACAUGCGAAUCCCAAGGAGGAAAUCCACUCGCGACGUUAACGUGGUUCAGGGGUGUCGAAAAGCUCAAAGGAACACGAAAUGCUGCAUUGGGUGACAUUUCACAAAGUGCCAUAUCAGUUUCUCUUGAUCGCACGAUGAAUAAUCAGCAAUUGAAAUGCGAAGCCAGAAAUGGCGCAUUAGAUGAACCGCUUGUUGUUACAAAAUCCUUGACUGUUUUAUUCCCACCACGGCGGGUUACCGUGCGUCAGGAUCGAAGCAAACGACUAAUCAUAGCGGGAGAAAUUACGAAAUUGUUUUGCUUGGUUCAUUCUUCAAAUCCUAUAGCGCAGUUGACGUGGACUUUCCCAGUUGUUGCUAGUGCUGGGUUCUUGUUUGAGGAAAAACGCAAUAAUCGAUCGAAUCAAGAGUAUGGUGGACAUGAGAUGGAAAGUGUUAUUGAGUUCAUUCCAACGGAAGAGAUGGAUGGCGGUGAGGUUCAAUGUACUGCAUCGCAUCCGCAGUGGGCUGAACAGAAAUUUGCAUUAUAUUCACUGAAUGUUCUUUAUGCUCCACGAAUAGUGGUAGAUGGGGCUUUAGCUAUUGUCAUCGGUGAGGGUGAUGACUUCAAAAAAAAUAUUACAUUACGUGCUAAUCCACCAGUAAGCACUUGGAGAUGGCGAAAAGAUGGUUCUCAUUUUGAACAUAUGGUCGGUGCAAUUACAGCUAGAGGACCUGUCUUAUCUGGACAUUCCGUCACUAGAUUUGAUAGUGGUCUUUUUACUCUUAUAGCAGGAAACAGUAUCGGCACAGUCAAUGUUACGGUUUAUGUAACUGUGGAAUAUGCAGCGUAUGUGACGCAUAUAACCUCACCAGUGAUAGCCACGGUAGGUAAGGAAGUAGUUAUGGAAUGUGAAGUAGAUGGCGUUCCUAAGCGUGAUGGCAUGGUAAAAUGGUUACAUGACGAGCAAAUUAUUGAAGAAGUGUCAUUUGUUGGACAAACUAGAGCUGUUAUGCGACUCAAUGCAUCAUUUGAAACAAGUGGUGCAUAUAUCUGCCUUGCCGAUAACGGAAAAGGGGUGGCUAAUCGCACUGUGGCGUAUCUGUUGGUGAAUCGUGCACCAGCAAUCAUUAGGCAACCAUCGCUUUUACGAGCUGCUGGACCUUUGGGUGGACGAGUACAACUUUGUUGUAGAGCACAUGCAGUUCCGGAUGCUCAUUUCCAGUGGAUUGUUCAAGGCCAAUCAAGCCCAGUCCGGCGAAAUAGUUCUAAAUAUUCGUUCACAACCCUUCAACUGAAUUAUUCUACAUUUGAGGGUGUGUUUUAUAUUUCUUCUUUGGAUCGUUACGACUACCAGCAUCCAGUAAAAUGCUUCGCAAUAAAUAGGUAUGGAGAAGAUACUGUUGAAAUCCGAGUCAGUCCGCCAACAGCCCCGGAUACUCCUUCCUCAUUACGAGUUUCAAAUAUUACAAAAAAUUCUCUGUCAUUUAAUUGGAUUCCUGGUUUUGAUGGAGGUUCGGAACAAAUAUUUGAAGUGCGUUACCAGACAUCUGUAGAGAGUGUUUAUCAUAUCGUUAAUUCGUCAUUUCCGGAAGUAGAAAUCCGAGGAUUACAACCAGCUUGUCUAUACGAAAUCUCAAUCCGAGCACGAAAUAAACGUGGCAUGGUGUCAGAAUUUUCUCGACCCCCUAUUACUGUCUAUACAAAAGACGAAUACGGAAUGGAUGUUAUUAGUGCGACAAAGAAGGAUUCUUUUCCUAUGUCAGUAAUCGUGAUAUUUGGUAUAUGUUGCAUAAUUCUAUUAUUAUUAAAUUGCUUUCUACUCUGUUACAUUCAUCGACGAAAACGGAAGAGACAGCUGCAAGAAAAAACGGAGAUGGUACGAAAUGCCAAUAAUAACGGCUUAGAUGUAAGGCCAGUACAAAUGUAUGGAACGUUAACAUGUGCUGAAAGCCUAUGUAGACCGGAUUCGAUCAAUACAAGCAGAAGCGAAUUAGGUCAUGAUCCACAUUCCGAGGAUGACCAGAGUUUGAGAACAAUGAUUGAAGUUAGUCCAAAUGGAUAUGUACAGCAAGUGGAUCCAGUUAAUUACUAUGAACCGGAAUGUUUGGUUGAAUAUGAAUUUGAUCCAAAUCUAUAUGGUGAUGUUAUCAAAUCAAAUACAUUGCGAAGGUCACUGCAUAAUUACGUCAAUCUUCACCACCCAAAGGUAUCGGAAAAUGGUGAUACAACGUUUAGCUUUGCGGAUAGAGAUUCACUGUCUUUGGUGACCGACGUGGAUGAUGUUGAUUCUUCACGUCGAAUACAUAAACCACGUAUUAUUGAUGUCAGUUCUUCAACCAGUUUACUUGCAAAUAAUAACACAACGUCACAAAUGUUGAGCACGUUUUUACAUCAUGGUGGAAUACAUACCACUCCAUUUAAUUUUGCGCAUGUUGACGGUGACCUUGUGUAA